AGUCUGAAUUCUGACAUUCCCACCUUUCGCUCCUCUUCUCACUCGGAGGUAAGACUUUCACUGCUUUGUUUUUUGCUGCCUCUGCGAAUUGUUGUUGUUGCAAUUCCCUUUUCUUCCCCGCAAUCCUGCGAGAUGGAGACUGUGGUGUGGACAAACGUCGAGUACAAGCAGGCAGCCCUGCCGAGCCUUGUGAUUAACGAAGAGAUUGCAAGACGAGAUUCUAUUACCUCUUCGAAGACGCAUGAUUCGGGAUAUACCAGUGAUCCGGAUUGGGAUUCGGUUCCUCCAUGCAGGAUAUUGCUCCCUCCUCAAGUACCGAAGCUUCAACUAAGCUCGGCGGCCUCCGAUAAACCUCCACUACCUUGUUCCAUUGGCUCUGCCCUACCUCCCACAUUUGCCAAUUCACCACUAUCAGAGGGCAUCCAUCAGCCGACAUGUUCCAAGAAAGCGGGAUUUCUAUCAGCCAGGAUACAUGGUUCGGCGUUUCUGAGGAAGGUUGUGGAUAGCCAAAAAGCAGUGAUGGUUAGCAACCUAGUUCAAGUGACUAGUCAUCCAUCAAAUAGGGCAUCUGACCCUUCUUCUCCUCCGCCCUCUCGAUCUUUUUUCCCGAGUUCACCAGAUCUUCGAGUCGACGGCUACCCUAACAAGAAUGAUACCUGGAGUUGUGACUACCCCGGAUGUACUGAGAGGGCGGUAUUUACGAGAGGGCUUGAUCUGAAGAAACAUUAUGAUAAACACAACAAAUUGCCUUCUAAAGGGGGUGAAGAUCCUGGCAAUCUCGGAUGGAAAAAUCCAUUUGGGUCCCUCGAAUCGGACAAGAUAGAGCCCUCGAACACGGCGACACUCGAAUGCAAGCCUGACAUCUCACGGAACGGAGACGUUAAACUUUGGAUUGAUGAAUCUGCCUCUGACCCACCUCCGCCAAAGGAACGCGUGUCGUCCAUUGUAUCCCUUUCGUCGACAGGCAGCGGUGGAGACUAUUCUAUUACAGACGAUAGCGAGGACGAAGAGGCCAUCGAUUCUAGGUCUAGUUUGCUAUCCAAAGUCACUCGCACAACCAUCGAACUCAUCAUGCGGAAAAUAGAGGUCAAUUUCGGAUACGUGGCUUAUGUUCAGAGCGCUGGUGGUCAAUCGUCAAGGGGGCAAGCCAAUACUGGUGAAUCCUCUCGCGGUGGCCGUCGUGGCUCUGCUCAGCAUGGGGCUAGUGGGAAGCGCAAAACAAGAUCCGAUGAUGACUCUCCUCCCGAGGAUCCAGACGAGGACGGUACAAACAAACGACGAAGGGUAUCUCUCUCUGCCACGGAGGAUUCUGAGGCGGGCCCAAGGUUUGCUUGCCCGUUUUACAAGCACGACCCUAAUCGGUAUCGGAACCGAAGAACUUGCCCCGGUCCAGGCUGGCCAACCGUGCAUCGAAUGAAAGAGCACUUAUAUCGUUCCCACGCUCAGCCGAUCUUCUGCCCAAGGUGCUACGCUACGUUCGAUUCGGACAAUGAUUACGCUGCCCAUGCCCGAACAACUCCAUGUCAAGUCUCAGUACCGCAGCCCAUUGAAGGCAUCGAUCGGGAGACUCUAAAGAGCAUUCGCAAGCGAUCGCCCGCUAUGAGGCUCGAGGAGGACAAAUGGAGGGAUACUUACCAUGUGCUGUUUCCAGAUGUGCAGGAGGCUGACAUUCCUUCUCCUUACUAUGAUAGCGAUUCGCCUUCUGAGGAGUCGCGUCGCUUCCGACGUGAAUUGUUGUCACGCAUCCGAAACGAGCUCUUUGUGACAGCUGAGCGGGAGACCGGGCCUGUACAGCAGGACCUUCUCCGACAGGUUGCGGGGAUUAUUCAGCGAUGCGAGGGCGACCUGCUCCGCUCGUUCCACGCGGACAUUGGAAUUGCUCAGCCCGCAGUUUAUGGUAACGAACAACCACCUGCUGCAAUUCCAGAUUCCAGCUCACAUCCCAUUGCUCCGAUCGAUCGCUCUUCAGCUCAGGCUCCUUCCCAACGGAUCCCUGCUCCCAAACCUCCUUCCACUUCUAUCCCUUCGUCGACCCCAACGGAACAAGAAAGACGCAGUCCCUCUUUGCAAAUGUCAAUACAGCAUCAACCUACUAGUGUUCCGGAUGACAAUAUGACGCACUUCACGCAGUCCCCAACUCAGUUUUUUAUGCAGCCUUGGGAAGAUUUUCCUUUUACGCCCUCCAGUGAAUGGAUUGAUUGGAAUGCUGUAUUCCCACCCGCUCCUGAGUUGGCAGCGACGGAGCCAUGGGAGCCAUUUCCUAAAUUUUCUGUGCCGGUGAGGACCUGAUGCUACUUCCUCGGCGACAGAACGGAAGUCUCAGCUAGAGGCAGGUCAUCUGUAAUACCAAAGCAAGAAAAUAUGAUGACAAUAAUCUGCAUUUGACGUAGAUAGCACUAGUACCUUUCCAUACCUAUCAGUGA